UGUUCCCCAAUUGAUUCAUGGGCACGAUUUGGGAAGCUGCGAAACUGUGCCAAUCAUACUCCAACUCAGGCCUGAUGAUGAUCAACUCCCGAGAUAUGAUUGCAAAGGCAAAGGAAGCCCUGCGACCGGAACAAGAGGGAGAUUUCUUCACAGCGUCUGCUCGAAUAUAUGAUGAGCAAGCUGGCUACAGUAAUUACACGGUCUUUCGCAAUCCGUUGGAUUUUUCCAUGCUCACCGAUGUUCCGUGGAAAUACCCAGCGAUCGACCCCCGCAAUUCUCUCGGAGAACUCGCGCUGAUUUAUCGCGGAGGACUCAUAAAUUGCCGUGUGCCACCACUAACUGUGGAUGACGUGAAUGUACGUGGAAUCAAAUGCUCAGUAGGGACUGAAAACAUCACUCCUAUUUCAUCUGGAAACUAUACUUUCGGAACAAAAGCGACGUACGAGUGUCCUCUUGGGAAGGUUUUCGAUGAAACCAUCAGCAGGCACUUGAUCGCAGAAUGUCGGGGUCCAAUCGGCUGGGAAAGACCCGUUUUACUUAGUUGCGUUUCCCCAGGAGCAACGAUGGCAUUUGGGAACAAGACUUACACAUUGUACAAUGCGACUGCUUCACCUUACCAGUCGUUCAAGGCAGAGGAGUACUGUAAUUCAGUCAAUCGUUCCUUGGCAACAAUAACUUCACCCGAGGUACUUGAGGAAUUGGGAGGUUUCUUGUCGGAAAAAGGUUUGAGUGGUGCCAUGGUCGGGAAUAAUAUAAGUGCCUGGACGCCGGAUUGGGUCCCUAACGAUCGCUUCAAAUGUACCGUGCUAAAAUAUGUGACUAAAUGGGGAUUCGAUUCAGUGUAUUGCAUGGACACACAAGAGAAAACUUUCAUUUGCGAAUCGACUCCUUCUGUCUGUCUAUUCCAGUCACUCACCCAAUUCGCUCCGAAGCAAGCAUGGAAACUGGAUUUCGACCCCGCGCCAAAUAUCACACUACGUUACGGGACAAUUCUAAAUUACACCUGCCGAGGGGUAGAAAAUACUGGAACUGUAGUCUCGACUAUGUGCCUCGGAAAACUUGCAUGGCAAACCCUACUCCCGAAGUUUGGGGAUUGUCCGCUUUAUAAACCAUACACGUUCCUAUCAAAUGGAUCAGAUAACGGGGUGCUAAAAUCCGCAGCAAAAUGCGCUUCUGAGCAAGGUUUACAAUUGCCCCUGAUCACGAACUCGGCGGAAAUCGGACAUGUUUUAUCCCAAGUUCCGGAUGAGGAAAAGAAUGUUAGGAAUCCCACUGUGAUGAUUCCUGUGAGAAACAACGCCCUCUUUUCAGCUCAAACUGAAGGCAUCACGGAUUUCACAGCAGCCAUGACGAAACUCAACAUAACCGAUCCCAACAUCUGGCUGCCUGGAGAACCAAAGGCUGAUGCCAAAUUUCUGUGCAGUUAUUUGUUGAAUCGAAAUGGAUCCUGGGGCCUCGCCAAUUUUGAAUGCAGUGAGCAGCACGAAGGAAAAGUUACUAUCGUUUGUGGCUUAGCAAAGGCGACCAAUUGCACAAUUGCUCCUCCGAAGCAGAACAACAGGACAGGCACUGCAUCACCAGCACCUGAUAGCAAUGGAGCUUAUGUUUUUGAAGCGACUAAUUCCUAUCCAGAUUGUAAUUGCGGAAUGAUGGAAGUGAACCAGACGGGAUCGGUAACAGUUCGAACCAGCACCUGUUACGGGAACUUUGGCUGGUAUCCUUAUUCCCUUGGACCUUGCGUACCUGGUACCAAAAAAUGUGGAGGGCUGCCAUCGGAGCCAAAGAACGAUUCUCACAUGCAACAGAAUUGUUCCGUGAACGACGAAAUAUCUCACUGGUCUCUCACGUGUGUUUCCGACUACAAAUGGGCAAAUUCCAGGAGCACAUCUUUGGGCAGGACGUGUAACGAAGAUACUGGAAACUGGACUGAAAUUCAAGAUACCUGCGUUCCUGUGACAGCUGAUGAAACAACAUCAGCAGAUUCAACAAGCGCAUCACCUACUUCGUCAACAAGUGUCAGUCCAACUACUUCCACGACACAAGGUGGUUUAUCCAGAGCAAACACGAUGAUGUCUUCUUCCACCGGAACAGCAGCGACAUCUACUCAAACAUCAACAGAAGCCAGCUCAGUUAUUGCUUCAACUGCGUCAACAUCACUCUCAGCAAGCAGAGGAUCAACGAGCUUGACAUCCAAGCAAUCCACAAUGAGUGCCACAACUUCAACUGCGUCCAAUUCCAGUGCAGCAAGUGGAACAACUAACAUGCAGCAAGGGACAACAAUAUCCUCUAUGAUUGUGUCAUCCACAACUAUUACUGGAAGUACUGCGUCGACAUCAAGAAUCACUGAAAUUUCUUCCAGCACAGGAAGUUCUUCAAUUUUGAGUACGACUGAGCCGAUCACGUCAACUACUACAGCAGCAGGUGAACCAGAAAGUAAUAAUGAAACGAUUUUGGGUGUUUCUUCCUUCACGCAGUGUGGGCGUCGUCCAUCGUUGCAAGAAAUGCCCUCCAUCUGCGGCCGAAAUUUUUUAGAAGUGUUUGUGGAAAAGGGAGAUGCGACGCAAGUCCCCAACAAUAGGGUACAUGAAAUGUUGUCGAACCCCAACCUCAGAAUGGUGCCAAAGAGGAUUGAGAAGGCUUAUGCCCUUUUUGCUUGGUUUUCAACCGCAGUGAACAGAGAAAUACUUCUCGGGGUCAGCCCUGAAUUUUCUCAGGGUCAACUGUUCCGCAAAUCUGGGAUGGAAGAAACCAGAAAACGAGCUUCUCUGCCAAGAUCCUGA